GUUAUGCAAGCAAAUGGUUUGGAUGAACGUACCAAUCUUCUUGUGGAAGAAUACUCCACGUCUGGCCGCCUGGACAACAUCACACAGGUCAUGAGUAUCCACACUCAGUACCUGGAGUCCUUCCUCCGCAGCCAGUUCUAUAUGCUGCGCAUGGAUGGGCCCCUGCCUUUGCCCUACAGACACUACAUUGCUAUCAUGGCUGCUGCCAGACAUCAGUGUUCCUACCUAAUAAACAUGCACGUUGAUGAGUUUUUGAAGACUGGUGGGAUUGCAGAGUGGCUGAAUGGUUUGGAAUACAUUCCCCAAAGACUGAAAAACCUGAACGAAAUAAACAAACUCCUUGCGCACCGGCCCUGGCUCAUCACAAAAGAGCACAUUCAGAAACUUGUCAAGACUGGGGAAAACAACUGGUCUCUUCCUGAGCUGGUGCAUGCUGUAGUCCUGUUGGCACAUUAUCAUGCUUUGGCAAGUUUUGUGUUUGGUAGUGGCAUUAACCCGGAGAGAGACCCGGAGACAUCUAACGGAGUCAGGCUUAUAGCAGUCAACAACUUCUGUGUCUGUGAUCUUGCCAAUGACAACAACAUAGAAAAUGCAUCCCUCACAAGUAGCAACUUUGGGAUUGCAGAUUCUUUAAGUGAGCUGGAGGCCCUGAUGGAACGGAUGAAGAGGCUCCAAGAAGAUAAAGAGGACGAAGAAGCCUCUCAGGAAGAAAUGGCAACUCGCUUUGAAAAGGAGAAGAAGGAGAGCCUGCUGGUCAUUAGUGGAGCAUUUGAUGAUGAAAUAGUUUCUACUGAUGUGUCUCGCUACAUUGAAGAUCCUGGAUUUGGGUACAAAGACUUUGCAAGGCGAGGAGAAGACCACCUGCCAACAUUCAGAGCUCAGGACUAUACUUGGGAAAAUCAUGGCUUUUCCCUUGUGAACAGGCUUUAUUCUGAUAUUGGGCAUCUCCUCGAUGAGAAGUUUCGGAUGGUUUAUAACCUCACCUAUAACACUAUGGCAACACAUGAAGAUGUUGAUACGACUACCUUAAGAAGAGCUUUAUUUAACUAUGUCCACUGUAUGUAUGGAAUCAGGUAUGAUGACUAUGAUUAUGGAGAAGUUAAUCAGUUACUUGAACGCAGCCUGAAGGUUUACAUAAAGACAGUGACCUGCUACCCAGAGAGAACUACCAAGCGCAUGUACGAUAGUUACUGGCGUCAGUUCAAGCACUCGGAGAAGGUCCACGUCAAUCUGCUUCUCAUGGAAGCUCGUAUGCAGGCCGAACUCCUGUACGCCCUUCGUGCCAUAACUCGUCACUUAACCUGAAGCGUUCACUGGAGGGGAGUAAAGGAGAUCUCACUGAGUAUGUAAAGACCUUUCCAGAUAGAUAACACACCAGAAGCUGUUUGUGAUGUAGCAUCAGGUUACUCGAUUCUCUAGUGUCAAAAGUUUAGCCGUGCUUCUCCACGGCUGUAAUGUGCAAUGACGUGUUUUACUUCCUUGAUGCUUAACAUUACUAAUGACAACAGAAAGUCACCCUGAGGAGCACUACUCUGCAUUGUUCCCCGACCGGAUUUCUGCGCAGCGGUCAGGAUCCUGAACCCGGUUUCAUUACACAGCCAGUCCUAGCGCUUUGCUCUUCAAGCACCCGGAGUGAAGUGCUUAGAGG